AUGGCAGCGUUCGUGAGGGUCUCAGGUCCGCCGAACAGCAACUUCUUGGUAGGAUACCCAGGCAUCUCAGCAACCCUGCCACGAGUUGAGGGAAGAGUAGAGAUACGGCCUGGAGUCGGCGUCUCAGCUCCUGUCAAUGUCUCGCUGGUCACAGUCUCGCUACAGCGUCGCGAAUCGAUCAAUCCCGCAGCCGAGUCCGUCUUUCGCUCACAACUUUCUUCGCCGCGAAAAGAAAUUACGGAUAUUGUUGGAAAGGAGAUGUUGCUCUUUCGAUGUCCGCCGGGUAAGGAGUCGGAGUCGGUACUCUGCAUGGACCUGCCAUUUGUCAUAUUCAUUCCAUACGGGAGAGGAGGGGAGGAGAUGGCGCGAAGAGUGCCACCAGCUUCACUGCAACUGGACAAGCGGACAGCAGAAACAUCCUACGAGAUUGUCGUCACAGUACAACAAGGGCAUCAGGAGCAGAGAAAGUACGCCUUUCCUGUGCCCAUCUCGAGAUACGACACUCUUUCGACAUUUGGCAUGUACAACCGACCAGAGAGCGCAGAGCGCGUGACAGAUCAUCUGGUGACCUUGGGGAUAAGUCUUCCGCGCUGGAGCUACGGUCCAUUGGAUCCUGUAUCAGUCUACAUAAAGCUAUCGCCGAAUCCGGACUGGCUGAGCAAGGCGAAGAAAGUCACGAUUCAAUCAAUCACCGUGGGGAUCGACGAAGAGAUCAUCUACAAUCCGGAAGGAGAUGAGCCUACACGGAAGGUCAAGACGCUUGCCAAACAUCAGCAAUCGGUCGGUGUACGAAUGCCAGAGGCUGGGUACUUUACGAAUCUCGGUCUCGUGUUUCCAGCACGCGAGCUGAGAGAUGCUGAGGGUGUAUUGCCUCGAGGGAGAAAAGAGUUCCCAAUGUACAGUGUCAGCGGAUUUACGACCACCGGAUCUCUGUACAAGAUCGAGUAUUACCUGACCGUAAAGGCCAAGAUGUCCUCAGCUAGAGACAUCCUCCUACGACAGCCAAUCGUAGUCUGCCCCUUUGACCAUGCUGGAUGCAAGGAAGAAAUGGAAGCCAUAGAGCAGGCAGCAAAGGACGCUGCUCACAUUUCUCCCGACAAUCCAAUGCUACCCGCAGCGAUGAUCAUCAAGGCGAAUGACCCUGCUGGACUUCGCGCUCUCGGCGUGACGAUGAUUGGAAAUCAACGGAAGCYUCUGAUAGAGUGA